UUCUUUAAGUUUGUGUCGUACCCCAUGUUUCUCAGGAAUGUUUCAUUAUCGUCUGAUGAGAGGGAAACGCAGAAACUUACUGCCCCUGAACAACAGCAAAUUACUGGCGUAGAUGGCCAACCUUUGAUCAUUCGUAUCGACAAAGACAAUACGGUCAAAAUUGGAGAUAGGGUUAUACCUCCAGCAAAGAUACAUGAUGGAAAGGUUAUACCUCCAGCAAAGAUACAAGACGAAGAAGCAAAGCUGAGUUCUACUUCUGACGGUCCACCUGUCCCAAGCUGGGGCCAGGUUUCUCCUCAUUCUCUUAUCGGAAAAUCGAUCGGUAUACGAAUGCCUGGCGAAUACGAGUACAUUCGAUUCCAAAUCGAACAUUACGACGUGGAAACAGAAACGCACUACCUGGUGAGUGCUUUCAGCAAAAAGGAUGUUCAGGACCCGUGCAAUUGGGUUGACAUCAGACAUGUAAAUAUCAGAUUGUUCCAUCUCUUUUUCAAGUUUUAUACUUGCCUCUUUUUUUCAAAAGUUGAAACGCCUGAUCUCAAACUUUCCAGAUUCCGGCAGAGGAUAUUGAAUGGCCGAAGAAACAUCCCAAGUUACCAGAAUGGAAAAGAUUUCCUGAACCAGGCGAAACUCUCUUGCAUGAAACCAGUACAGCUCGGAAGAAGAAGCAACUUCAUGAGGUAUCUUGCAAACAGCUCCAACAAUUUUUCUUGUGAUGCUUAACCCUUUCACUGACACAACUUCUCAAUAAAACUUCGAAUAGGUUGGCAAGACGAGCACUGGGAUUCCUAUCAUCGGAAAAGUUGAUAAGGGAAAGGGUCAUGUGCAGUAGGAUGCUGAGAUGACAGAUGCAUGACAACAUUCCAGACCGGAACACUCUUAUAACCUUGUUUGACAUCUUUGGCUCUUUCUACAAUCUUCUAAACUCAUAUUUUGCUGCUAUCUGGAAUCAGAGAAGUGUAUAAACAAUUCCAACACUCCUUUAAAUGA